AUGUCGAGCAAGAAAACUCUGGUGACCAUUUUGGCAUGGCUUAUAGUCAUUGCAUAUAUAGCCACGGCUUCAUUUGGAGCAACAACGACAACGAAACCUUCCGAGCGUGUAGUCUACCCUCAAGGGUGCCGUUGCUGCCGGUUUGAUUACUCCAAGCAGCUGAUCACUUGUGCAAGAGUGUGCUGUGGGGAUGACUGUUGCUAA